AAGCUCGUUCCGUUCAUGACACAGAGAGAGCAAAACAAACACACAAUACGACAAUGGAGUCCCAAACCGAUCAACACGAACCGUCGAAACCGGUUUGGUUUGCCGGAACAUUCGGUAAACUGAAAACCAAUCUGGUUUUCCGGUCGAGAUGGGCCGAGCUGAACGGUGCAAUGGGUGAUCUAGGCACAUACAUACCGAUAGUCCUGGCCUUGACACUGGCCAAAGAUUUGGAUCUGGGCACGACGUUGAUAUUCACUGGCAUAUACAACGCCAUAACCGGUGCGGUUUACGGCGUACCGAUGCCGGUCCAACCGAUGAAAUCGAUUUCUGCUGUGGCGAUAUCGAGUGGGCAAGAUUUUGGCAUCCCUGAGAUCAUGGCAGCCGGAAUUUGCACCGGAGGGAUAUUAUUGGUGCUCGGCGUCUCGGGUUUGAUGCAAUUCGUGUACAAUAUCAUUCCUUUAUCAAUUGUUCGAGGGAUUCAACUGUCACAAGGUUUGUCCUUUGCAAUGUCUGCGGUUAAGUACAUCAGAAAGGUGCAAAAUUUUUCCAAGUCCAAGAGUGUUGGUAAUAGACCAUGGCUGGGUUUAGAUGGGUUGAUACUGGCUUUAGUAUGCACCCUCUUCAUAAUUCUUGUCAACGGCUCGGGCGAAGAAGAAAGGCGUGACGGGGAGGAAACACUUGAUGGUGGUCCGAGGAGGGUGUCGAGGAUGAGGAAGAUAAGGAAUGUUUUAGCCAAUGUGCCAUCGGCUUUGAUCAUAUUCUUUUUAGGUGUCGUUUUGGCGUUCAUUAGAAGGCCUAAGAUUGUUCACGACAUCAAGUUCGGACCGUCCCCGAUACACGUGGUCAAAAUCAGCAAGGAAGCAUGGAAGAACGGGUUCAUAAAAGGGGCGAUCCCGCAGUUGCCUCUGUCUAUACUGAACUCAGUGGUGGCAGUGUGUAAGCUGUCCUACGACCUUUUCCCCGAGAAGAAAUUCUCAGCGACGUCGGUUUCAGCGACCGUAGGGCUGAUGAAUGUGGUUGGAUGCUGGUUCGGGGCAAUGCCGUGUUGUCACGGGGCCGGGGGAUUAGCCGGGCAAUACAAGUUUGGUGGAAGGAGUGGUGGGUGUGUCGCCGUUUUGGGGUUGGCCAAAAUGGUGUUGGGGCUGGUCUUGGGGAGCUCGCUGGUUGCGAUUCUCGACCGGUUUCCUGUCGGGGUGUUGGGAGCAUUGCUUCUGUUUGCAGGGAUAGAACUUGCGAUGGCUGCAAGGGACAUGAACACAAAGGAAGACUCGUUUGUGAUGCUUGUAUGCGCAGCCACGUCUUUGGGAUCAAACGCUGCAAUAGGGUUCGUCUCUGGGGUUGUAGUGUACGGUCUUCUGAGGAUGAGAAACUAUGGGAAGCCAAGGACCGGACCCUCGCCGCAACAGGACAUGAACCAAUGCUGUUGAAGAACACAUCCUUCAAGUUUCUGGUUUCAAUGUCACAAAACACCAAUGGCUGUAUGUGAUAUUUUGUUUCCGACUGUGAAUCGUCGUUCACGUGUGGUUGUCGUCUUGUUGUUUCUUGUUUUCUUCUGAUUUUUGUUUGUGUUUUUUCAGAAUCCAAAAUGCUUCCAAAGUGUGAUCUGCUCUUACUCUUGUUGGUUAUUUGUUAAACUCGGUGUGCGCGAGUUUUUU